AAUAAGUUCUAAUCUCAGUCACUUCGCUCUCUAGGGUUUUGCGAUCCAGGGAAGUUGUAAAAGGAGCGAGAGACCUCGGCAGGAAACCUAGCAAUUGCAUCCAUGGCGAGCACGAAAGUUCAGAGGAUCAUGACCCAGCCCAUUAAUCUGAUAUUCAGGUUUCUUCAAAGUAAAGCUCGAAUUCAGAUUUGGCUUUUUGAGCAGAAGGAUCUGAGGAUUGAAGGGCGUAUUAUUGGGUUUGAUGAGUAUAUGAACUUGGUACUGGAUGAUGCUGAAGAAGUCAGUGUAAAGAAGAAGACCAGAAAGCCAUUGGGUCGCAUCCUUCUGAAAGGGGACAAUAUCACAUUGAUGAUGAACACGGGAAAAUGAUGUUUUGGUCACUUAGACUGCAACAAUGCAGCGUAUUUCAGUCCAUGUUAUUCUCUCUGGUGCUUCAAACUACUCUAAGCCGCGUAUUCUAGCCUUCUAGGUAGUUAAUAUUUGCAGGUACAAAUGUUAUGUCUGGUUUUGAGAAUUGUUGUCGAUCUUGUUUCAACUGCUUGUAUACUGGGGCUAUGUAACCUGUGACGGCUAGUUUGAAGGGACCCCCUUGACUUUUUUAAUGUACGACAUUACUGUUGACCUCUUUUGUCAUCUAUGAUGCUCUCUCUGUUUUGCAUGCUGGAGAAUGGUUAUUGCAGUAUGGUGUUUGUUUUGUCAUUUCCUUGACUUCAAGAACUUGAAAAAAAUUUGGACUUCAACAUUCCAUUACUGCAAAGAGUGUGUAUUUGGGCUUGCACAAUAUGUUUAUGGU